AUGAUUACAAUUAUUCAAAGACCAGAUAUCUCACUAAAAUUACGACAAUUGAAUAUAUCCGCAAAUAAUAUUGAUUUCAAUGAUUUGACUCUUCUCCUUCGACAAUGUCAAUCAACCUUAGAAAUCUUAAAAUUACGUUUUACAAUUAGUUAUAUAAUCGAUGGUCGAAUAUUGGAACUUUUUAAACAAUCCUUAAAUCAAUUUUGUUUUUAUUUUUUCUGUCAUUCAUUAGAAGAUCUAUCGAUCUCUCUGGAUGAUUUAUUAUCAUCAUUUCAAUCAUCUCUUUGGUUACACGAUCAAUCUGUUAUGUUCUUUACAAAUUCAUUCUAUCAAACUUAUACCAUUGUUCCACCACCGUAUCACUGUCGACGUUUUAGUUGUUCAUUAAUAGAUGAAUUUUUAAAUUAUCGAUUAAAUAACCCACACGAAGAUAUUAAAAUGCCAAGAAUUAAAAGAAUAUUUCUCAAUGAUCAACAACAACCGAUAUACACUUAUCAAUUUUUUCGAGUUUUGAAAUCUAUUUUUAUCAAUCUUCAAAUAUUAGAAAGUGGUUCUAAUUUUCAUCUUAUAAAUUCUUCGAAAGCUGAUGUAAAAUUAUCUACUGUUUAUACUUUGAUUAAAGUCACUAAUCAAGAUCAUCAAAAUGUUAAACGUAUAAUUAAAUUACUACCAAAGCUUCGUCAUCUUUUCAUUGUAUUAGCUAGUACCAAUGAUUUCUAUUCAACAGAAGCACAAGAACAAAACAAGUAUCAUCACCUACAGGAAAUAAUAAUUUAUUUUCAACCAAAUCAACGUAUACAAUUAGAUGAUGAUUUCAAAAAUCGAGUGAAACCUGUGUAUAGCAACGCUAAAAUAUCGUCAUAG